AUGUUCAAAGGGAAGGGACCUUCGAUGAAUAAGAGUAGUUACCCACCAGCGUUUCCGUUAAAACAUCAGCAGAAGGACAUGAGGCUAGCACUUGCUCUUGGCGAUGAAAACGCUGUUUCCAUGCUUGUAGCUGCGGCCGCAAAUGAGGCCUUUAAGAAAGCAAGAAGCAUGGGACUUGGAGAUCUGGACUUCUCUGCUGUAAUCGAGGCUGUUAAAUUCUCCAAGGAUAGAAUUAUUGAAAACUGA